CGCGGUAAGCCGCAUCUAUGUUAUUCCCAUUAAGUGCAUAUUUUGUGCGCUAAAGGACUUUUCUCAGUUUAAAUUGGCUCAUUGUUUUAUUUGAGGUGGUCACGUGUCAAAAACUGCAAUUAUAAAAUGACAAGCAAACCUAAUUCUAAGCGCACAAUUUAUGUCGGUGGCUUGUCGGAGGAAGUAAAUGACAAAAUUCUUAACGCCGCGUUUGUGCCCUUUGGAGAGCUUGUUGAUGUCCAAAUACCCCUGGAUUAUGAAACUGAGAAGCACAGAGGUUUUGCGUUCAUUGAAUUUGAGAACGCUGAGGAUGCUUUGGCUGCCAUCGAUAACAUGAAUGAUUCAGAGCUGUUUGGACGCACAGUUCGUGUAAAUAUAGCUGCACCACAGCGCAUAAAAGAAGGCUCAACUCGCCCUGUCUGGUCGGAAGACACAUGGCUCCAAAAACAUGCUGGUGAAACAUUGCCUUUAGCCAAAGAUGGUGCAGAAGAUGAAGCGAAAGAGGUGUCUGUAUCUCAGGCUAACAUAAUACCGACCAAACCUGCAGAGAAGAGGAAUCCUCAAGUAUAUUUUGACAUGAGUGUCUCAAAGCAGGAACUUGGACGGAUAAUUAUAAUGCUACGAGCUGAUGUUGUGCCCAAAACUGCCGAGAACUUUAGAGCUUUGUGUACGCACGAGAAAGGAUUUGGGUACCAAGGCAGCAGUUUCCAUCGAAUAAUACCCGAUUUUAUGUGUCAAGGUGGAGAUUUCACGAAUCACAAUGGCACUGGUGGAAAAUCUAUUUAUGGGAGAAAAUUUGAUGACGAAAACUUUACACUGAAGCAUUCAGGAGCUGGCGUGCUCAGUAUGGCUAAUUCUGGUCCCAACUCCAAUGGGUCUCAGUUUUUCCUCUGCACUGCAAAAACUGAUUGGCUAGACGGAAAGCACGUAGUGUUUGGGCACGUCAUAUCCGGAUUGGAUGUAUUAAAGAAAAUAGAAAGAUAUGGCAGUAAAAGUGGGACAGUUUCUGCCAAAGUAGUAAUAAGCAAUUGUGGCGAAUUACAGUAAUU